GUAGUCCAUCACCAAUUUCAUUACGUCUUUCAGGCUAUUCAAAAGAAAUGACUGAUAAUACCUCAGAAAAUCCGAAGGGACAUUGUCAUGAAAAUGUAGACAUUUCAGAAUCAGACAAGAAUAUCGAUUAUCAGUUUAACGGAGUGGAUGAGAAGUUACAUUGUUUGAAUACACUUCAGGAAUACAAAUCAUUCGAAAAAAUAUUUUCGAAAACAUUGAAAAGUUAUCCACUAUCUCUAAAAUCAAAUUUACUUAAUAAUAUCGGUACACUGCCUGCAGCUAUGAAUACUGUCUCCUCUUCGACACCCUCCACUUAUUCUCCAUCUGUUUUCAAAGAUAUAAAUACGUCAUUGGUAGUGACCUCUUCAACAUCACUAUCUAUCUCUUCUACAUUCCCUACUACAUCUACUGCUUCUGUGCCUGUCACUUCCCCUUGUGCAUCAGUUUGUUCAGACAUUAAUCAACGUAAAUUUUUGUCAAGAUUCAAUCAAAUUUGUCUGUUAAAUUCACGCCUUCCUAACUCGUUACCACCUAUUCCUCCGAUCUUUUUCAAUCCUACAGACGAUACAAUUAACAAUAAUUUCAAUCAUAUCAGUAAUAAUAAUACAAACAAUACAAAUAAAUUUUCCACCAGUAAUUUUUACGAUUAUACAAGUAUACAGAAUGAUGGACAAGAAAGACAACAACAGUCACUUUCACAUAGUUUUGGAGCAAAAACUAAUAUUAACUAUUCUCAGCCACAUAAUAUUUCUUUAUCAUCAUCUCUUCCUUGCAAAUCUCCCAGUCCAUAUUCAUUAUCUUCAAAAUCAUCUAUAUUUUCACCAUCACAAUCGUUUACAUCAGUCAUAGGAAGCAUCGAUUAUAAUAAUGUUAUUACUACUGCUGCCAAUAAUAGUAUUGACCAUAACAAUACUAAUAUGACAACUGUAUGUAGUUCACAAAAUAAACAUCACCGUCCACAACAAAAUCUACCCAAUUUAAAUAGUAAACAACAUCAUAAUCACAUAAGUUACAUAAACAAAUUAUACGAUAAAUUAAACGCAAGUGAAAAUCUACUCAAUAUAAAGCUUGACAAAUCACUAUUAUUGAACGAUAAUUUUAGUAGUGAAUCAACCAGUGGGAUCACACUAUCAGAAUCUUAUCAAAACCAACUAAUUAAUUAUUCACAUGAACUACGAAUGACAACAACUUUAACACCGGUACAUUUACGUAAAGCAAAAUUGAUGUUUUUCUAUACACGAUAUCCUAAUUCAACACUUAUUAAAAUGUAUUUCCCUGAUGUAAAAUUCUAUAAAAAUAAUACAGCUCAAUUAGUGAAAUGGUUUAGUAAUUUUCGGGAAUUUUACUACAUUCAAAUGGAGAAAUAUGCACGAGUUGCCAUAUCUGAAGGAAUACGUAUUGCUGAUGAAAUUCAUGUGACAAUUGAAUCUGAAAUCUACAGAGCUUUAAAUUUGCAUUAUAAUCGUAAUCAACAAUUAGAGGUACCAGAUCAUUUUCGUAUUGUUGUUGAAGCAACAUUACGUGAAUUUUUCAAUGCACUUUAUACUGGUAAAGAUUCAGAACAAUCAUGGAAAAAACCAAUUUAUAAAGUGAUAGCUAGAAUGGAUCAACCAGUUCCAGAAUUUUUCAAAAGUCCUAAUUGGAUGGAUCAAUUAGCUGAUGGAUAAAUGAGAAGAAAAACAAAGUAAUCAGUUGAUUACUUAUUAUUAUGUUUUAAAUUACAAAAAUAUCAUAUAGACGAAUACCUACUUGACUAAUAAACAUGAUCUUCAUAAUUCAAAUAACAGUUUCAUCACCUGAAAUCAUUAUGAGUAUAAUAUAUUUCAUUAUACAACUUAGAAUUUAGUAAACAAC